GAGCGGGAGCGUCAAAGGCGCGUGCAGUAAUCCCGUGCUGUCUAUGCAGGCAGCGGAGCGGGAUUUAAUCCGCGGCCCGUGAGGUGAGUCACGGUGAGCUUCAUCAUGGCGGCCGAGUUUCGCUCUCUGGCGAUGAAAUACCGUCAACAGUCAUGAAUAAGCUCAUAAUAUUGCACUGAAACGGCUUCAGAUCGAUUUUAAAGCAGUUCGCGUUCAGGCUCAUUAUUCGCUGAAGGACGUUAUAUUAUAUUUCGUGUCAUCGUGAGUCUUGAUGGAUGUAACGUUACAUUAACGCGGUGACUCCGCGUUAUUUCUCUCAUUUCCAUCAUUUGGUUUCUCAUCGGACUGGUUUGACGGAUCUGAGGUGAUAAUGUGCUUCAGGUAGUUUUCAUUUGCGGUGUUCCUCAGGGCUCUGUUAGUGGCCCGACCGCAUUCAGCAUGUCCUCCACGGCCGUCCCCAAACCUUCACCUACGCUCUCAGUCCUGGACAAUCUCUCCAUAUCGUCUCUGCUGUCUGGAGACCUGGAGGAGGAUGGCGAGAUAGCAGACGAGGAUCUGGGCGAUCUGGAAGUGAACCCCUACGAUGGGCUGCCGUAUUCCUCACGCUACUAUAGUCUGCUGGAGGAGCGGAAGCAGCUCCCCGUGUGGAGUCUGAAGCUCAGUCUGCUGGAGCACAUGGAGUCGCACAGCAUGAUCGUCCUGAGUGCAGACGGAGGAACGGGGAAAAGCACGCAGGUCUUUAUCCAAUCAGAAGCUCUGUGGGCUGAGCUCAGGGUGGUGGUGCUCACCGCGCCCGCAGUUGCUCAUACCUUCGCCAGCUUCCUGGGAGAGAGUGUUCCUCACCUCAGCGUUCCUUCGCAAACCAACACCACCGAAAUACUGUACCGAGAGCUGCCGGCAGGACGUGACCUGGCCACAGCUUCCUGUCACAUGAUCCUGGACCUACACCGCAGGGGAGAGGAAGGAGACAUACUGGUGUUCCUCCCUAGUGUGCAGGAGAUUCAGGAGUGUCGCGUGGCACUAGAGAAGGAGUGUGUGUCUCUCAGCGCUCAUCUGCUGUCUCUGCGCGUGAUCGAUCUGCACGCCAGCGUCGGAGGAUCAUCGCAGCAGCUUUACAACUCUGAGAGUCCUGAGGACAAGCAGCAGGACGAGCUGCCGGACACUGUAGAGUCUCCAGCCCAGAGACGCAGAGUCAUCCUCACCGACGUCUUAGGAGAGGCUUCAUUCUCUCUCAACAACAUCCGAUACGUCAUCGACAGCGGCAUCCAGCUGAAGACCAUCUACAACCCACAGAUCCGAGCAGAUUCACAGCUUCAGCAGCCCAUCAGCAAACAGCAGGCCGACACACGCGCCCGCAGGGUCAACAGCACACUGCCAAGCGUGUGUUUUCGGCUGUACUCUCAGCUGUUGUAUGAGGACGAGAUGCCUGCAUCUCGCGGUCCGGCGGUGACAGAAGCAAACCUCAGUCAUCUGGUGCUGCUGCUCAAGCGGCUGGACAUUGCAGACAUGGGCCAGUGCAAGUUCCUGGACCGGCCAGCUCCAGAGGCACUGAUGCAGGCACUGGAGGAUCUGGAUUAUCUGGCGGCUCUCGAUGACGACGGGAAUCUGUCAGAGGUGGGAAUCAUCAUGUCUGAACUUCCUCUGGAGCCGCCAUUAGCCAAAGCUUUGAUUGCGUCCUGUGAGUUUGACUGCGUGAAUGAGCUGCUGACCAUCGCUGCCAUGCUGACCGCUCUGCCGUGCUUCAUAACACCACCAGCUAAUAAAGAGGAGGCGGCAGCGACGCACAGACGACCCCUGCUGCAUCCAGACGGAGAUCACAUGACCCUCAUCAACGUCUAUAAUGCUUAUCUGCAGCAUAAUGAAGACGAGGUCUGGUGCAGGACAAACUUCUUGAAUGCCUCUGCUUUACGAUUGGCUGUGGUGAUCAGGGCGGAGCUACUGGAGGUGAUGCAGCGAAUCGAGUUGCCUGUCUCUCCUCCCGCUUUCGGUUGCCAGGACAACAGCACCAAUAUUAAGAGAGCUUUGAUAUCAGGCUUCUUCCUGAAGGUUGCUCAUGAUGUUGACGGCUCAGGGAACUAUCUGCUGCUCACGCACCGGCACGUGGCUCACCUCCACCCCUUCUCAUCGUACCACUGCCGCCGACCGCAGCCCAACCCGCCCAGCUGGGUGCUUUACCACGACUUCACCAUCUCACACGACAACUGCAUCUGCAUCAUAUCUGAGAUUCACCCACAAAUGUUGGUGGAGCUGGCGCCUCAGUACUAUCUAGGGAACCUUCCAGCCAGUGAAGGCCGAGAUCUGCUGAUGGGCCUCAGACAGAGUUUAUUUCCUCCAGAUGAGCAGGACACAAACCCUCAGGACCAAAGCCAUGAAGAAGUGGGUGGUCAGUACAGCGCAGAGACAUGCAGCGUACAGUAGCUGAAACACUCACUGCACACAAACUCAAACCAGCAGCAGCGGUGGUGCAGUAAACACCUCCAGACGACUGUGAUCUCUCUUCAGCAGCCUCAAUCAAUCUCACCUGAGAUAUCAUCAAGCUCAGAUUUACUAUUUCCGUAACUGACUUGCUAUGAAAGAUAUAUUUAUAUAUUUUUAAUAGUAAAUAAAGACUUCUUUCUGGAUGAAGUAAGGGAACGGAGUCCAGCAAACGCACUCUCAGCCUCCUGCAGCCGAUCAGAUGAAGCUCAAAUCACAUCCACUCACAUGAUGAAGACUCUAGUCACAUAAGUAAUAAAUAGUAGUCUGUUGUUAGACAAUCUCUCUUGUAGAAUAAAUGAAUCACGGCUGUCUGUGAACAGCAUGGAAGCUUACUUCUGCCAGGAAAUAAAAAUAUAAAAAAGGUAAUUGUGAAAAAGUCAGAAUUGUGAGAUGUAAACAGAAUGCAGAGAUAAAAGUCAAAACUGCGAGAUGUAAAUGUAAAAUUCUCACAAUUGCAAAAUAUAUAAAUUCUUAAAUUUUAAAUUCUCACAAUUGCAAAAUAUAAACGUUGCAAUUUUAAGAAAAAAGUGAGAUAGUGAGAUAUUGUGAGUAGGCAUGGGCUGGUAUGAGAUUUUGACGGUAUGAUAACCUUAAUAAGCAAAAAUAUCACGGUUUCUCGG